AUGGUUGCAACCUUUUCGCCGCACCGGGACUCCGGUGGUACCCUUCAUCUAUCAUCACAUUCGGGUAUUCAUCACGUUGAUGCUAGCUCUGCGAUCCGUCAACUUCGACGGUCUUUGUCGCGUUCGCCUUCCAAGAGUUCCAACUUUUUUCUCAACCCUCGCUCUCAGUCACCAUCUAAAACUACAGCUCCAUACGUGUCGUCCCCUCUGUCGCCCUCGAGGCGAUCUCACAACAACUUUGUGCUCUUCCCAUCAACUCAACAAUCUCCUUUGGCCACGCCAUAUCCGCCCAGUGCAAAGAUUACGCGACCGGCCAUGCGACGACGAACUUCACCUCGUAGCCCCGCCAAGCGCGCUUUGACCGUGUCAACAGACGGGGGCAACACCACUCCAGCUCAACCCAUAGUUAUGCAUCAAGGUGAAGAGAAUGCCUUGACGCUUGAUGAUCUAGCUGGCCCGCCCGAGAGCACAACUCCCGAAGGCUCUUGUUUACUCGGCGUGCCAUCCGCUGGGCAAAGUGAGACUCCACUCGCGGUUCGCUCUACGCUUUCUCGUAUCGAAAAGCGGCGCAGUGGAAAUUUCGGCUCCUUCGCAACAGUCAGUCCUCUCAAACGAAGUGACGGCAUAAUGAAUCUAGAUCAGGCGUCUCGAGGGAGCCCCUCAGCAAAGCGACGGAGUGUGCAUACACCGAACUUCUCAACGGAUUUCAGUAUCUUCGAUAACAACGAUAGUAGCGCGCCUGCAAGCCCCUCUAUUAAUGAAAUUCCAAGUCACCCAGUUCCAAUGCACCCAUUGAGUCCAUUUGCAACCAUCCCAAAGCGCUCGUCAUCUCUCAGGCGAUCCACCUUGCAGCAACGGCAAAGUGAGCGCCCAUUGUUUGGGCGGCCCAGGGCCAGCGGUGACAAUGAAGCGCCACCUGGUACACCCUUGGUCGUUCGUCCGCGCAUGUCAUUUGAUAGUGGCCUGUUUGAGGCUGGACAAGAAAAUCUCUUCUCUCCUCGCCCAACCCCAGCGAGCUCUCUCUUCUCUCCCUAUCCAGCCCCAGCAAAUUCUCUCUUCUCACCAAAUCCAACGCCAGCGAGUCCUCUCUUCUCGCCCAAUCCUCCACCUGCUGCUGCUCCGACUGCUACUCAGCCUCCUCGGCCUUCCGCUCAUCCUCUGUCUCGAACGAUCACCCAGUCAUCUUCUGGCUCGAGCCUUGAAGACUCGCCAACUCACGAGCCUGUCCACAAGCCCGAAAGAGCGCGACCUGUCUUCAACUUUUCCAAAUCUCUUCCGGCAGGUGCUACGCGACCUGCGCCUAUACGUCGUGUAACACGGGAAGAAUCAGGCUCUGGAGAUUCGUUCGCAACGCCUGACAACUUCAAGCUAGUCAAGCCUCUCCCAGCUGCGUUUAUGUCAACCGGCCUGAUUUCCAAGAAAAAUCGCAACGCUGAAGAGGCUUCCGGCUUCAACAAGAAUAUGCCCGACACUCCAUGCAAAAGACCAGUCAAUCUAUUUGCUUCCGGGCUCAAUACAUCCUUGGAUAAGCCACGUCCAUUCGCAGAAAUGGAAACUGCGUCUCAAUCCCCAUUCAAUCCUCCUCCAUCCACCGUUCGACCCAAGCCUGGCCCUUUCGCCCGCGGGAUGGGUAUAUUUGGGAAUACCUUCAAUCGCCCGGCACCAUCUCGUCGGGGCAGCUUCGUGAGCAUUGAUGGUGAUGAUUUACAAGCCCAAUCGCCAUCGUCACGCCAUGACAGUCAGCCACUGACAGACUCCGAUUUCCCCCCGACUCCCACUAAACAAACUUUCCUCCCCUCUCGCACCUAUCCCCCGUCAACCACACAAAUCGAACCCCUGGAACGCCUCACAAAGUCAAGGGCUUCCAACAGUCCAACACCCUUGCGUGACAGAUUUAUGGAGGCUAUUCCCCAUACACCUCGCGAUCAGUUCUUCCCGCCAGACCCGAGUGGUCUGUCAAUCUCUGUGCCCAGUGACUCUCAGUCUCUCCAACCUGAUUAUGGUAGUCAGGAUAUGCCUGCCACACCGACUGGACCACGCGAUUCCUUGCUGUCCAGCAAACAGCCUAGCUUACAGCUCAGUGGAUUCCACACGCCUGACGUGGACCCUAGUUUGACUACACGAUUCGAUAAAGUUGAACUCAUUGGCACUGGUGAAUUCUCUCAAGUUUACAGAGUCGCUCAACCUCAUGAUGCCUCUUUCCCUUCGAUGUUCUCUCUUUCCUCAAGUGGGCCCAAAUCGCCAACUGCUUUGCCGCAUCAAGUAUGGGCUGUCAAAAAGAGCAAACAGCCCUACCUGGGGCUCAAGGAUCGUGAGCGCCGCAUCAGGGAGGUCGACAUACUCAAAACUUUGGUCAGCUGUGAUCAUGUUGUUUCUUUCAUGGACAGCUGGGAAAACAAUGGCCACUUGUACAUUCAAACCGAAUUUUGUGAAGAAGGAAGCUUGGAUGUUUUUCUGGCCCAAGCUGGCCUUAAGGCCCGCCUUGAUGACUUCCGCAUUUGGAAAAUUCUUCUUGAAAUGACUCUAGGAUUGAAGCAGAUUCAUGAUGAAGGCUUUAUCCAUCUUGACUUGAAGCCUGCCAACAUUCUAGUCACCUUUGAAGGUGUUUUGAAGAUUGGAGAUUUCGGCAUGGCUACCCGCUGGCCAGCAGAGGAUGGUAUUGAGGGCGAGGGUGACCGAGAGUAUAUUGGUCCCGAAAUCCUCAUGGGUCGGUUCGAUAAACCUGCCGAUAUCUUCUCGUUGGGUUUGAUUAUCUUUGAGAUCGCUGGCAAUGUGGAGCUUCCUGAUAAUGGAGUUUCCUGGCAGAAGCUCCGCAAUGGUGACAUGAGCGAUGUGCCAAGUCUAACUUGGAGCUCUGAGACCAGCAUUUUCCGCGAUGCAACUGGAAAUCCAAUUGGUGGCAGUUCUUCAUUUGAGGAGCUGUGCACUUCUGACUUGGGUGACGAUUAUUUCGGCGAUGAUUUCCUCACCACUCGCAAAUUGAAUUCUCCCCAGCCCGCUCAAGGUCAAAUCUCCCGCAGCGGAGAGCUGAUCGAUCCGCCAGACUUCAUGGUUGACGCUCACCAUGCUCAGGCAUUGGAUAAGAUUGUCCGCUGGAUGAUUUCCCCUGAGCCGCUUGAUCGACCUACAGCCGAUGAUGUUUUGAGCACUUAUGGUGUACAAUUCGUGAACCAGCGUCGCCGUGCCGGAGCCACCGUGUUCGAGGGCAACUGGGGCCCUGCCGACGAGAUCUUGGCUGAAGAUGCCGAAAUGAUCGACGUGUAA